AACCAAACGUUGGAAGGCCUGCCGGAAUCGCCGGGGCAUUAGCUAGUGCAUGCUCUGCAUGCGAUCCCUCUGUACGGGAGGCCACACGUACGUACUGCCGACUAGAUUGGAUCGGAGCUGGACGAGUCGACCCGCAGUUUACUUUUGUAAUUCGAAGAUCUAUCAUCUGGAUGAUAUUGUUUGAUACUAACAGAUGAUGGAUGAAUCAUCACAUUCAGAAAUAAAGUCUGUACCAGAACUGAAGUUUGACCAAGAAGUGAAUCCUGCCCAAGAAAGGGAAGGGCAGGAUGGCAGAGAAGAUGGAAUUGCCUUUCCAUUUCCUUUUCCACCUUACCCAAUACAAGAGGACUUCAUGAAGCACCUGUAUGAGGCCCUAGAUGGUGGCAAGAUUGGUAUCUUCGAAAGUCCUACUGGAACUGGAAAGUCACUGAGCCUUAUUUGUGGAGCACUGAAAUGGCUGAUGGAUCAUGAGAAACAAAAACAGAGGGAGCUGGAAGAACUGAUGGAACAGCAGGAGAUUGAAAUGCCCGAAGAAAGCAGCAAUAGAAAGCAGUCAUCUGGAGCCCCUGACUGGGUGAUGGAGUUUGAUUCGAAGCGAGAGCAGAUGGAGAAAACAACCAAGCUCAUGGAAGAGAGAGAGAAGAAGCUGAAAAGGGAGGCAAAACUGGAUAAAUUGAAGAGUGAUCUUCGUCAACGAGCUUCAUUCAAACGCAAGAGAUUAUCAACCACCGAUGAAUCCUUGGGACCAGACAAAGAACCAGACGGGCAAGAUCCUGCACGACAAGGCAUCAAGGAAGCAUCUCCUGGGGAAGAGGACGAUGUCGACGAUCAUUUGGUGGCUGACUACCAGAGUGACGUGGAUAAUACUGAAUCGGAAGAUGAAGACAAAGAUGAGAAUGAGGAGCCUGAAGAGUUAACGAAGAUUUUCUACUGCAGCAGAACACACUCUCAGCUGAGUCAGUUUGUCCAUGAGGUUCAGAAGAGCCCUUACCACGAUGAUGUCAAGGUCGUGACCUUAGGGUCAAGACAAAAUCUGUGCAUCAAUGAAGCUGUGAAGAAGCUUCGCUCCAUGACGCUCAUCAACGAUCGCUGUCUGGAGAUGCAGUCCAAGAAAAAAUCAGGCAAAAAGGAUGCCGAUUCCACCCAACCCAAACGUAAACGCUCCAAGCAGUCCAAAGCCUGCCCUCACUUCAGCCAAGGUCCGCUAAGUCUCUACAAGGACAGGGUGGCCAUUGAGGUCAUGGACAUGGAACAGUUGGUGGAGGUCGGGAAGGAGUUGAAGGCCUGUCCCUACUAUGGUACCCGUUAUGCCGUCCCAAGUGCUCAGUUGGUUGUCCUGCCUUACAACAUCCUCUUGCACAAGUCAACAAGAGAGGCAUGCCGUAUCAACCUCAAAGGCAACAUUGUUAUCGUCGAUGAAGCUCACAACUUGAUAGAAACCAUCUGCAAUGUCCAUAGUAUAGAAGUUACAGGGGCACAGCUUUGCCGAGCUCAUUCACAAUUAAGUCAAUACAUGCAGAAGUUUAAGAGCCGACUCCUGGCUAAGAAUCUGAUGUACAUCAAGCAGCUCCUUCAGAUCCUCUCCAGCUGGGUCCGUCGCCUUGGAGGGAGAGUAGACUCGUCUCCAGACUCCCAGAAGAUGAGCGGAUCUGGCUCCACCUCCCUGUUCACCAUCAAUAACUUUCUCUUUGAGACUCAGAUGGAUAACAUCAAUCUCUUCAAGCUGCAAAGGUAUUGCCAAAAGAGUCAAAUAUCCAGAAAGUUGAAUGGCUUUGUGGAGCGAUACCAGCCUUCCUCUGUCAAAGUUCAUCAAGCUGAGAAACCAAAGGGGUCAGGCAUGACGCAGUUUCUACAUCAGAUUAGCCAAAGAGGACAGGCUCCAACCCAAAAUAAGCAAACUACUCCAGAAAAGUCAGGUGAUGAGGAGAACCAUGUUUUUUCUUCGCCGCUGAUGCACAUAGAGGGGUUCUUACUAGCCCUAACCAAUGCUAAUAAAGAUGGACGAAUCGUUGUGCACAAAAAAGAACUCCUGAGCCAGUGCAGCUUGAGGUUUCAGCUGCUCAACCCUGCCGUUCACUUCACCGAUGUGGUGAAGGAGGCUAGGGCCAUUAUCGUUGCCGGAGGAACCAUGCAACCUGUAGAAGAAUUCAAACAUCAGCUUCUUGUCUGUGCAGGGGUCCAACCGGAAAGAAUCUUAGAAUUCUCAUGCGGUCAUGUGAUCCCUCCUGAUCACCUAUUACCAAUCUCCCUAUCCAAAGGACCAACAGGGUUAGAAUUAGACUUCACAUAUCAGCAUAGAGACCAACCUCAGAUGAUGGAUGAAGUAGGGCGUGUCCUGGUCAACAUCUCCAACAUCACACCAGGGGGUGUGGUCUGUUUCUUCCCUUCCUACGACUACGAGAAGCAGAUCUACCAGUACUGGGAAUCCCAGGGGGUUCUCACCAGGCUAGGCCAUCGUAAGAAGAUCUUCAGGGAACCAAGGAAGGCUAAUCAGGUGGACCAGGUCCUGGGACAGUACUCUGCAACCAUCGAGAAAGCUUGUAGUAGAUGUACACUAUCAGGCCUGAACGGAGCAAUGCUAUUCUGUGUGGUCGGUGGAAAGAUGAGCGAGGGCAUAAAUUUCUCUGACAAUCUAGGAAGAUGCAUCGUGAUGGUGGGUCUUCCUUAUGCUAACAUCAAGUCCCCAGAACUGAAAGAGAAAAUGGACUACCUCAAUGCAAAUAUGCCACAAAUCAAUGGUCGGAGUGCUGGCCAGGUCCACUAUGAUAACCUCUGUAUGAAAGCCGUCAACCAGUCUAUAGGUCGAGCUAUACGCCACAAGGGAGACUAUGCCACGAUCCUGCUCUUGGACCAUCGCUACACCAGACCCUCCAUAUGCUCCAAGCUCCCUGGAUGGAUCUCGGAGAGGCUACAGAUCGCCCCUCGCUUCGGUCCUGCCUUUGCCUCCAUCAACAGGUUCUUUGUAGACAAGAGACCAGACAAACAGGAAUAAUACAGACUGGAGAACCCGUGUUUUAAAUGAGGACAGGCCAGAGAAAAACUGAAGCUCUUGUGUUUAUUGUGUUAAGACGCAGGUGAUAAAGAGAUGUGAAGUAGUACUAGCUUUCAGUAUUUCAUGCAAAGUACUGAUUUUUAAAGUUUCAGUUUAUGUGUUGUCCUAUGGUAUUUCUGUGAAAAUACUG